GGAGGAGCCGCCGCCGCCUGCGGAGAAGGAAGGUGCGCAGGGGUGCGGUGGUGGUGGCGGCACCACAGGCGAGCUGAGCCCGGCCAGCGGUCAUGGCUUGAAGGAAGAGAAGGGAUACUCUGGAAACCAAGCACCGUUUAUCUACUGUGCUGAAGAACCAAGAGCUACAGAUGACGGCAUAAUUUAGACACACAGUGAUCCAGAUGAUCUUACAAACAACUGCUGUCAUCUUGCCAAAUAAGCACUGAAUUGCCUUAGACUUGCUCUCAGGGGGACACAAGCACAAAUCCAUAUGGAGGAUGAACCUCCUCCUCCUUCUCAAGGAGUCAGUGCCAAGGCCUUGGAGGCAACACUGUUGUCAGCCCUGAAGAUGCUGGAUGUUGGGAAAUGGCCGAUUUUUUCUCUCUGUUCCCCAGAAGAGAUCAAGUUAAUUCGUCAAGCCUGUGUAUUUGGCAGUGCUGGUAAUGAAGUGUUGUAUGCAACUGAAAAUGAUGAGGUUUUUGUGCUUGGCAUGAACUGCAGUGGGUGUUUGGGAACAGGAGACAUGCAGAGCACUAUAGAACCAAGGAGGCUAGAUUCCCUGUGUGGCAAAAAGAUAGCCUGCCUGAGUUAUGGAAGCGGCCCUCAUGUUGUUCUUGCUACAGAAGAAGGAGAAGUGUAUACAUGGGGUCAUAAUGCUUACAGUCAGCUGGGCAAUGGUACAACAAAUCAUGGUUUUAUUCCCUGCCAAGUCUCGACUAACUUGGUGAACAAGAAAGUCAUUGAGGUUGCCUGUGGCUCUCACCAUUCUAUGGUGUUAACAUCUGAUGGGGAGGUAUACACAUGGGGUUAUAAUAACUCGGGCCAGGUUGGAUCUGGUUCAACAGCAAAUCAACCAAUUCCUCGCAGAGUUACCAGCUGCCUGCAGAAUAAAAUAGUCGUUAAUAUAGCUUGUGGACAGAUGUGCUCUAUGGCUGUGGUGGAAAAUGGAGAGGUCUAUGUCUGGGGGUACAAUGGGAAUGGCCAGCUGGGGCUGGGCAGCAGCGGCAAUCAGCCCACGCCGUGCCGGAUCGCAGCCCUGCAGGGCAUUCGUGUGCAGCGGGUUGCCUGUGGCUAUGCACAUACAUUAGUGCUAACAGAUGAAGGUCAGAUAUAUGCCUGGGGAGCCAAUUCAUACGGCCAGUUAGGUACUGGGAAUAAAAGUAACCAGUCUUACCCUACAACAGUUAUUGUGGAUAAGGACAGGGUUGUGGAGAUCGCCGCGUGCCACUCGGCGCACACGUCGGCGGCCAAGACACAGAGUGGCCAGGUGUACAUGUGGGGCCAGUGCCGGGGGCAGUCCGUCACCUUCCCCCACCUCACCCACUUUGCCUGCACCGACGACGUGUUCGCCUGCUUCGCCACCCCUGCUGUCAUGUGGCGCCUGCUCUCCGUAGAGCCUGAUGACCAUCUGACAGUAGCCCAGUCACUAAAGAAGGAAUUUGACAACCCUGAAACUGCAGACCUGAAGUUCCUAGUGGAUGGAAAAUACAUUCAUGUUCAUAAAGUUCUUCUCAAAAUUAGGUGUGAACAUUUUCGCUCCAUACUCAAUAAUGAUGAUGAAAUUAUAGAAAUGAGCGAAUUUUCUUAUCCUGUUUACCGAGCCUUCCUGGAAUAUCUGUAUACAGACAACAUUAGGCUCCCUCCUGAAGAUGCAAUAGGGCUGCUAGAUUUGGCAACACUGUAUAGAGAAAACAGACUGAAAAAGCUUUGCCAGCAAACGAUCAAACAAGGCAUUUGUGAAGAGAAUGCCAUUGCUCUUCUUUCUGCUGCUGUCAAGUACGAAGCUCAGGACUUGGAAGAAUUUUGCUUCAGAUUUUGCAUAAACCAUUUGACUGUUGUAACACAAACUCAAGGCUUUGCAGACAUGGACCAUGACCUCCUGAAAAACUUCAUUAGCAAAGCCAGCAGAGUGGGAGCAUUCCGAAAUUGAGGUCUGACUACUGCCACCAAGCUGAAGAGCAUGUCCUCUUCGCUUCUGGAAAUACUUUUCCUUUGGAGAACUACUCUGUGGUGAGAAUGUGCAGUGGUUUGGAAAAGAAGUCUCGGUGUCCGUCAGCUUAGGGAGUGUGUAGAAGUCCAUUAACAUGUAGGCUUUGUGUAAGGAUGGCUGCAGUGUAGACCUGUGGUGACUGUUCAUUGCCAAUAAGCCAGAAUUUAACACAAAAAUCUAAUGUGGUAACUAUAACUACCCUUUCCUACUCAAAGUCAAGCAAACUAAGCUUGUAAUUAUCUAGUCUGUCUGAUUUUUAAAUUUUUUUUAAACAGUUGGUGUUUGGAUUUUAUGGGAGAGUGACCUGUUUGCUGCUAAAACUUUCAUAGUGUACUUUUGUCUCAAAGCUCAGUUAAUAUGCCAUAGUGGGCUUCUUUUUAUAAUCCAGUGAAGAUACAAACUUGCUUUUCUGGCUAUACGUAAGUUCUUUAGGAUGAGAGGCUUUGUUUCACUUGAUGUUUAUUUGGAGUUUUAUUUAUGAGGCGCUUCAGCAGGGUAUUGAAGUUUUGAGUUUCCAGCACUUGUCUCAUUGUUCAGCCAGAAUGAGACAGAUCUCCCUUUCCAUUUACACUGGGCAUGGUCCCUGGCACCCCAGUGGAAGCACUCACCCAAUUUGUCUGGUGUGAAUUGUCACACUGUGAGUUUUACUGCUAAGAAAACCACCUAGUUACAAACCCAAACAAAAUUUCAAGAAAAGGAAGUUCUGCUUGACACUGAUUUAUUCCUCCCUUACUGUCCCUCCUCAGACAGAUCAACUUCAGAUAAAUGGAGAAAAGGGCGAUUUUGAAGCUGUAACUUCAAAUUAAUUAAAUUGUAAGAGUGAACUGACACUAUAUUCUGGAUGGUGAUAAAGGUAUCUUGUCCAAAUAACAGCAUUUCAGAUUCUCCUGUGGUCAGAGCUGUGAGGUGACCACAGCACUUUCCUUUCAGGGCUGUUCAGGAGAGAGGAGCUGCCCUCUGGACACACCUCUCUCCCAGCACUGAUCGUCGGUGGCUAAGCUGGAGUAGAUGCUUCAUUUCAAACUGGCUGAAGUGAGUUAAGGUGAAAACCCCACCCAGUGCUGUGCAGAAGGAGGUUUGCCCCAUUACAGAAGGUGUGGAGCUUAUGGAACAUUUACUUAAAUUUUCCAACAGGAAACUGAAUUAAUCCUGAGAAUUUAAGAUUCUGAGUGAGUGAAGUGACUUCAAGUGCCUUUUGCAGUAUUUUAUGAAUGAGGAAGAAAAAAAUCUGGAUGACAAGGCUUAGUACACUAAUAUAAGUAGUCAUGCAGUCUUCCUGCAGGUCCCUGCUGUGCCACAGCUUCCUUCAGUGACCUUUUCUAAUCCUCAAAUCUGGUUUCUAAGAACUUAAUUCCCUUAAAUUAUCCCAUCUUCAUGUCUAAGGUGGAAAACAGUUGUUCUUUUCUAUACUGGAAGCUCAUUUCUUAAACAAUCCUGUUCUUUGAGGAAGAGUAGGAGGAAAAAGAGCAGCACUACAAAAGUAGUGAGUAGUACCGCCUUCAGCCCAGGCCCUGUGGGUGCGAGUGGAAAGGGUGAAGCAUUGCAGGUAGCAGAAUUUACUUAGGAAGAGGGUGAUGAGCAAGUAUUUUAGAAAACGCUGUGGUAAAUAUUUACUUGUGUUUGAUGCAUUUGCCUCAGACUCUCACUAGAAAUAUAUUGGGUCAUCUACUGCUAACAAGCACAUUCUGCCACCCCCUCAGCGAUGAGUACGACUUCCUCCAGCAGUCUUAAGUCCGGUCUUAGGAGCUGUGUCAGUAUUUUGUAUUCAAACAGAAGUGGUCAAAACCUUUCCAAUACAUAAUGCAGAUUCAUCAAAAACACAGCUUUGCUGGGGGAGGAGAUCAGUGUUGUUAAGCUUGUGUUGAGAAGCACUUGACACCAGCACACAGACGGUGGUUACUGCGGACAGUGAAACAGUGUCACGGUAGGGCACAACUUUACUGCCGACUCUGUGUGCUCUAACCCAGCACUGAUCAUACCAAAGUGCAGACACAAGGGAUUCUGUGAUCCCUGCUUAAGCCUGAGAUGCCAGAUUCACCUGCCAGCAUUUCCUUAAGGGUAGCAGUGCAUGGAAUGAAGGCAUACAACCACAAGCCAGCCUUGGGGCAGCAGCUGACACCAGCCCCUAUCCCAGUGUGCGUCUGGAGGGCAUCACACUGGCACACAUCCAGUCUCACUGGGAAAUGGAGCCAGCUGGGCACCUCCACCCCUGCAGCUGGAUUGUCAGUGGUCACCCCAGCUUUCCUAGGGUGUGCAUUAUGAAAGGUCACUCCAUACAUUUUUGUUGUUUUACUCAGAAGAAUCAAACAAAAAACCCAAUAAAUGUAAAAUGAUGGGGGGGGCUGUGGUUGACUCAGCAUCUGAUCAGAAACCUUCUCUGGCUCUCUGGGGACACUACUACAUGGACUGAUAGCACUGGAGAGGGACAUCACUCUCCUCCAUUAGCUCAAGUUCUUAACAAAGUAGUUGAACAGAGAUUGCAGCUGAAAUGGCAUGCUGCUUGGAACAAGACAUUUUUAGCUUAAUAGAACCAAGUGUAAUUUUUUUUUCCAAUUUACUUCCUUCCUGAUCAUUAUUUCCAACCAACCAUACACAUUAAAGCCUACUUGCAAUUUCAGAAUAAUUGACAAAACCUGUAAUUUUGAGAAAAAGCAUCUCUGGAUGAAGGUGAUCUAAAGGUCUGAUGUAUCAGCAUUGGCUUUUAUGCUGUAUCAUCUGACCUGCGUGUGAUAGUGUUACAUUCAUAGUAACAUUUAUUUAUUUAUUUUUUAGAUUUUUGUUGCAUGUGUUCAAAAAAAACCCCACCCUUACUGGCUUAGGUGGUUAAAUGUGGGUGCAUGGAUGUAAAUAUGUGCUUGAAACCCAACCAUGGAACAUUUCAGAAGAAAUAAAGGAUGCAUUUUACUGUUGUGAGAUAGUCUGCAAAAACCUUGUGUUUAUGGACCUUGCAGGUUAAAUACUUUAUUAAGUAUUGUUCUGUUUUAGGAUACCACAGACAAAAGGUAUUUAAUAAAAAGUGAAAAAUUAGUCAAACAGGAACGGUGUCUGGGGUUUAAACAAAGAACAAUGUUCCACUCUCCAGCAAGGAAUCUGGAGAGAAAUUACAAGGGUAGGGUCAUUUGCAGGUUCUCCUAAGUUACCGAAGCUAAAAGCCAGCAUUACAUUGUCACCUAGUACUCACCUGUCGAGUUUUGUUACAAUGCUUGGUAACCGUGUAAACUGCUGUUUUUAUAGGACCGGCUUUCCUUGUAAAACAAAGCAUUUCUUUGCCCCAUAGAGGCAGGAUUCAUUGGCCACCACCCAAUGAUGUAGAAAGUUCACAGCCUGAAUAUAAAAUGAUUUUUUUGUUUCUAUACAAACUUACCUGGACCAUUAAUAAAAAUGCCAUAAUAUUUA